AGAAAAGAAGGUCGCUGGGAAGAUCCUCGGCCCCGGCCAGUCUCCUUCAGCCCAAUAUGAUGCACCGCAUUUCCAAUCUUGACCUUGAUGCCAGCAACGCUAAUCUCCCAUUUCCGAAUGUCAUCAAACUUGGGUUGUCUGAACAAUCGCAGUGUCUUGAGUGUCAUCUCAUCAGCUGGUAGGUGAAAGGUCCAACCAAUGGAUAUAUGGAACGCAUCUCCCACUGGCUCAUUGGCUUUCCCUUGAUACAGUGGAGAUUGUCCAUAACGUGUUGCAACCGUGUUACUCUUUGUCAACAAUGAAGUAAGCUCUGGGUUCAAAGGUUUGACUCCAUCUUUAUUGUCGGCAUGGGACUUGGGGCCACUGGCGACACGAAGGACGAGAAACGUGCGAUCCGAAUCUGGUGACCUGUACCAUGCGAGCCCUUGUGGUCGAACAACAAAGGGAGCGAUGCCACUGUUGUCGAGUGUUUUUGUUAUCUUGUCCAAGAACCCAUCCUUGUUCCCUGUGGUAAGGGACAGUGGCCGAGACAGACUGAUAUGAAGGGGUAGAGGUGAUCCCAGGUCGCUUGUCAGGAAGUUGUGAAGCUUGAUCUCAUUUGACACUGCCUUCUCAAUGCCAGCUAUGAGGUUCGUCAACAAGCCAUGCUGUUUUGUUGAGGGAUGCCCUGAAGAAAGUCAGCUUUUCAUGGAUUGAAGUUGAGAUGACGACAGGAACUCACAUUCGAUGUAAACAUGACUGGGCCAGUUACCAACUACAUGAGGAACUUGGCGCUUCCUCCCUUGGUGCAGACUCGGAUCGUCAACGACACUCUGUCGAACAGUAGAGGCAUACAAAUCAUGAAAGGUAUCGGGCAACGGAGGCAUAGACGAAGCAUCCGCGUCUUUGCUCACGGAGCGAGCAUCUCCAUCUGUACUCCGGGAGGAGUGGGUCGCGAUGCCGUCAACUCCCUUACGGCGUUUGACACGGUCGGAGCUCUCGUCGUCGGACUCUGAGGAGGAAUAAUCGACAAGGGCCAUUGAUUCAAACCCGAUAGCCCGUGUCGGAGCUUUAUGUACGUCAUACAGACGUAAUCUUUUGGUGUUUCCUUUAUCUCCAGAUUGAGAGCGGAUAAUCGGCCUGUCGUGGGUUGUCUGAAUUGUGUUUGGUCUUUUUACGCGGCAAUUAUUCCCGGUGGGUGGGGCGAGGUGAACGGGUGACGACGAUGGGGUCGUUCACCUUGACUUGAAGACCCGUUUCAACGGUGAUGGCCCGGUUGCUGCGAACGGUACUACGGAGUACUUUCUGGUUGAAUCGCCCGUCGUGCCUGAGUCAUUUUGGCAAUGAUGCAAUGGAAAGAUCCGAUGGCCGGGAUGCCGGGGAUCUAGAUACUUUUGCUGCUGAUCCGCGUAUCGAUGUAGGGUAGCAACGGGACGUCAUGGCAGAUAAAAUGCGUCAGUUCUGGGGCCAAGCAAAGAAAGUUCCUUGGCCGAGAUAUCCAGACAUCGGACGAUCUAGUAAGGUGCCAUUGAAAAAGGUACAAACCUUGAGGCUAAAAAUAUGAAGCUGAGGGUGUAGAGCAGAUGCGACUCUGCUGGUGUGGAAUUUGCUGGCGUUGAACUCACAAGGAUCCAUUGAAUUCACAAUCUAAGCUCUGUGAUAAGAAUGCCAAAGCCUCGACCCUUGAUACUGAUUCGGACGAUAGUUAUGGACUUUUUCUACUCCAUAGUUUGUGUUCUAAUUACAGGUGCCGGCAUUGAACUGGUCAAUGCAAUGCUGCAAAAUGGUAGCGGUCUGUGAUAUCUUCCAUUGCCGGACUGGACUCGUCUUCCCCGCCGGCCUGGUCGAGGUGGCCCAGGCGUCGAGCGUCGAGUUGGGAUCCGCCAGCUGUCAUCCGUUUCUUUUACAGUAGCCUUUGAAACACCAACGGGGCUAAAAAGUCCCUACAAGCAGUAGCGAGCUCGUUAGGCGAAGACCCUUUUUAGACAAGGUUUUGCAUGCAGUGACCGAGAUGGGUUUUGAUGCAUCAGGUGACUGACCAAAUGGCGAGGUUCUCUUGGCUGUUCCGUUCGUUCGACAACUGGCAUUCCAUCAUUUCGUCUUCUUCAUGCGAUACCCACUGCUAAGCCUUUUAGCUCUAUCUUUGUUUCUUUGGGACGCGCGUUGAGGCUUCAAAACCUCGUGUAGCUGACGUCGCUCUCAAACCAUUACUUCCGAGUGUGCCGCGGUUGGGAGAGUAAGGUUGAGCAAGGCCGAUCGACCGAGCCUUGUGUGAGAGACAGACACUGGUUGACAUUUGACAGUGACAAUGACACUGACGUGCGGGACCGAAUUGAGUGUGACUCGUCCUGCUCGUCUGGGGUCCCCUCCUCCAUGACUUCUAGCCUCUACUCCGUACUAUGUAUUGCCCAAGAUGGAAACAGCAGAUGAACGGCUCUAUCUGGAAAGUCCCUGAUCCGUUUGAAGAGGCGUCAAUAGCGUUAGCGGAUGGAGCGGCUGAAGUCUGAAUGGCGUGGGCAAGUUCAUGUCCAAGGUGCUAUUUGGAUCACGAGGGGAGACGGGAAGUGCCCCUCCCCGCUAAAUGAUGCGCUACGGUGCCCCCUCCAUCCCCCAUGAGACUCUGAAUGGGCGCAUGAUGGAUUGGAUUGGAGGGACCAGAUAGCCAGACCAGACCGAGACCGCUCAGACUCAGCGAUCUACAACCCUACCUCACUUUCUUUACCUGUACCUGCCGUACCUGUCCUGUACCUUACGUAGCUAAGAAAAAAAGAAGGCUCUUUUCUCUGUGGGUUGUCUUGAAGGGAUUAGGCUGUGCAUCUUGUGCUGUGCCUUCUGUAGUUGAUAAAUGAGCUGUAUCUCCUCCCACCUUGUCUGUCCCGGUCCCUUGUCUCUUCUCCCCCAAACUUUGUCUCUUACACCGAAACACAAUCAAUCAAUCAGUCAAUCACUUUGAUACGUCGCAUUCACCAUCAAAUCGAUACCGACAACAACCAAGCGAAUUCGUAUUAGACUAUUGACCAGAAGCACAACCAUCAUCUUUCUCGAAUACGAUUUGCUUAUAGGCGCCAUCGCAUCGCUUCUUUCAGUCAAUCACCAUCGCCGUCCCCGACUCAACAAGCCCGACGACUCUUUCGCAGGGACUAAACAAUUCCCCAGAACCCUUCUCUCCUUCUAGAGCAGUCGCCACAAUGAAGGAUUCAAGCGACAAGCAAUGGGCCAAGGCUUACAUUCUUGACCCAUUGAACGAUAUUGAACCAAACCAAGACACCGGUAUCGGCGCAUCUCACAAUCUUGCUGCUCAACUUCGAAACAUUUCCCUUGAAGGCUCAAGUUCAAACUCGAACUCAAACUCAAACAGAGACCGCUCUCCCGAGAGAAAGCACAGGCACAGAUCAAGUCAUUCGAGUCAAAGACAUAGCCAAGGCAGUUAUCCUACUCCACCAACAUCUGCCAGCCCAACUCGCGACAGCUUCCACUCCUCGAACCCUUUCUCCGACGCUGCAGCUGCGCGCCGUCAAUCUUCAGCUCCCUCAGUGACUGUAUCUCCCCCGGAUUCUCCCCCAGGUCCAUCCGAAACUCGUCGUGACCCAUUCACUUCCUCUGUCAAUCGGUCAGCCAGUGCUAGAGUUCCGCCUCCGCGCAAUCGACCUCAAGUUUCACACAAUCGCAGCUUCAGCGCCAGCAAUUGCGGAGUUUCGCGACAACGCUCACUGAUCCAACGAUAUCCCGGCGACAUGUCUCAUCGGCCUCUCGACAUCCUUAGAAAGGAGGCUCGCGCAGCCGAUCGCGCCCCCCAUCUUCGUCGCAAGCAAAUGCCCAUGACAGACACAAUUGAUGCUCUGGAUACCAUUGGCGGAAUGUAUCAUCAUGGCGGCCCGUAUGACGCCACUCUGGCAAGCCGCAACCGCAACAAGAUGUACUCGCCCGUUGCUGCUGUUGAAGACUCGAACCGAGAAGCCCUUCGCGCUACUCCCAGAGAAAACAUUCAAGAUGCUCUGCUCAAGAAGAUGCCCCUCCAAGGCACUGCUGAUAUUCCCAGCGGUGAGCGGGACAUGAGCGGCAACACCAUAGAUUACGAAGAGGGUGCUGAUCUCAUGAGAGAACCUGAUGCUAUGGGUGGCGCAUACAAGCGUUGGGAUGGUAUUCAAUAUCACCCCGAUGACCUCAAGGGCAAGGGCGAGCCCUCUUACACUUACGAGAAGGACCUCAAGGAGCAGAAGCGUUUCCGCCGAGGUGAACCCGUCGAGUACGAACUCUCAUCAAACAUGCGAGGCAGCAAGCGUCCACCUUUCAGCCACAAUCGAAGCUUCAGCGAGAACCCACGGACAACGCCUGAAUUCGCAAACGGCACUGAUAUUCGCCGCAACAACUCGACAGGCAAACACCGUCUGAGCGACGGUAUUCGACGACGUUUCGGCAGCAUGCGACGCAAGAAGGUUGAGGUUGAGUAGAUACCUCCAACUUUGUGAUAUUCUUUUUCUUGUGAUUAUAGCUUGGACUGGUACAGGCGUUCUGUUUCUGGGAUUUAUAUAUACGGGAGAAGGCUUGGGCGAAUAGUGACGGUAAAGACUUGAUGAGACAGGCGCUACUGGAUAUAUAUAUGUUUUGGUUAUGGCCUGUUCAGGUUUAUGGAAGAAACAGACUUGGGAAAACAAAAGUCGUUUACUACUCAUUUUCUUUGUUCUUUUCUUUGGCUUGUAGAUGGGUCUCAGCAUGUACACAGUUGUGUUUGCACUGCCACUCCUUGAAAAGACACUUUUGACAUUGACGCACAACUGUGACGGUGCCAGUGAGAUUAUUGACUGCGAUUUUCAGUUCACGUAGAUACCACUGUCGCCACUUGCAAAGUUACCCUUGUAAUGCCAUGCCAUUGAAGCUAUAUAUUAACAAACCACGUAUGACUUUUGUCCAAGAUAUCUAGAAAUACGACAACCCACUCCAUCCCAAAACACCCUCAAGCUCCUCUCUCAACUCCCCAACACCAUCAUAACCCCCCUUACCCGCUAUCUCUGCCCUCUUCGCAGCACCAAGCUCCGCCCACCUCGCCAAAACAGCUCCAUCAACAAUCGCCCUUCCGCCAGCUGCUUCUACGCCUACAGGUCGUAUACCAUCAGGUAACCUAUGCGCCUUGGCAUUCAAUCCGCCGUGUGGUGUAAGUGCAGGGAGUAGCUGGUUUGUUACUGACAAGAGACGACGGUAGGUUGUCUCGGGGAGCGGGACGAGUGCUGAUAAGUGCCCGGAUGAAGAGGCGAGGAGGAGAAUGUGUGGAGGGUCUUGGGGAGAGGGAUGGGAGGGGGGGAGGGUUCGAGGGAGGAGGAGUGUUGUUGAGGGGGGAUUGGGGGAGACGGAGAAUGAGGUUCUGUGGAGGAGGAGAUGGCCCUGAAGAGAUUUAGGAUCUGUAAUUUGUUAGUAUUGCAAGAAUCAGGGGAGAAUGAGAGGACUCACGUUCGGGGUUAAAGUCGAGAAUAUGUAAAUCACCAUCCGCAUCCGCAGCAACAAUAGCCAGAUCUUCACCAUCCGGCAGGAAAUCCGCCACCAGAACCGGUAACCGGCCAUGGCUCUUACCCAAGACCUUGAAAGUAUAUGGCUCCUCCGUAUAUCCCGCGAACCAAACACCCUUGAACACAUCAGCCAUAAGACACAGCCCCGUACGCGGGAGUUCCCUCGCGGUGGAUACGUGACAGCUCAUGUCGAGGAACGCAACAGGCAAAAGGGAGCCGUCUUCCUUCAGACCGCGCACCAUGCACUUCUGCCCCUGCGCGACGAGCAUGAGACCUUGGGUGCCGAUCUCUGAAAUGGCUGUUACGCCGCCGCGGGGAAUGUCUUCGCGCGCGAUGGCUUUGAGACGUUUGUUGGUUUCUGGUCUGCCAGGCUCGGGGAUGACGGUUACGAUGUCGAAGACGUGGACGCGUCCGCGGAUGGGGAGGUCUUCGCCCUUUGAGACGGCUGUGCCGACUGUGACGAGGAAGCGACGCUCUUUUGUAUCUUCUGAGACUUCGAGGUGUAGUGUUUUCAUGCACUCGAUGGAUUCGCAGGAUUCAAGCUCGACUUCGUGGAUGACGGUCCAACUGACCGGGCUGAUGAGCUUGAGAACGCCGCGGGGCAUGGUUGGUGGGAACGUGAGUGUUUCCUUGGCCCAUUCUUUGUGGUAGUCGUCGUCUUUGGGGAGUUCGAAGGGCUCGCUUAUCAUACACCCUGCGAUGUAUGCGCCUGUUGGUUGAUGAUAUGCGAUGCCGCGAACAUCAGCGCCCAGAGGGACUUUCUUGACUGAGAUGCCGAGCUCGGUGAAGUUGGUGUCUGGUGGGAGUUGGGUUACUCGUGCGAUGCCCUUGUCAUCGGCAUAGAUGAAGCCGCGAUCACAGCCUUCGGUGUGGAAUGUGCUCAUACCGCGAACACCGAGGCCUUGAAGACCGAUGACGCGGGGGAUGCUCUUGCUGGACUUUAUGACGAAGCUUGGUGAAGGGCCGGGGAGGAAGACGGUGCUGUAGCCGUUGACGUUUGCGCAUGGUCGGAGAGGAACGAAGCGUGGUUGUUCGACGUCGUCCUGCUCUGUCUCUACGGGGAUUGUGGCUAAUGUUGUGUUGGAGGUCUUUUUGAAGGAGAGGGUGACGGAGAGACUGGUUUCGCCUUCUCUUGUAUGGCGAAGAGGUUCGUAGAUUGUGAGGUCGUCAGUUUGGUUGCGGAGCUUGUCGUGUUAGAGAAGUUCAGUGAGGGCGAAGAGGAACUCACAAUGAGGUAUGGAGAUUGAGAGGUGGUGUCGCCAAGAUCAGCGACAAGAAUCUCACGAAGGUUCUCUUUUGCUAGACCACGUCGUAGUGUGUAGUCUGCUGAAAGGUGAGGAGGCACGUAGGAGAGACCUUCGGCAACAUAAACGGGCUUGGAGAGAUCGGGGAGUGCGUAAACCUGUACAGUCAGUAGCUGAUCUCCAAUACGGAGGGUUGGAACUUACAUGGAGCGCGCCAGUUGAGCUGAGCAAGAACAUCAUGAUCUUCUCAGUCUCUGCACCCUUGUCGCCGGCACUCGGUUGGAAAGCACCCUUUAUAUCCGCAUACAGACAUCCAGAGUGCCACUUGGUAUUCUGGAGAGUAGCGUCCAUCUUUUCCACUUCCUCAAGCUCAUUAUUGCUGUCGAUCUGUGCCAACAUAAGACUGCUGUCGUCGCGGAUGAGUAGGAGGUAAGGAUCAGCAAUGCUGGCGCUGGUGACCCGAGGUUCAGCACCGGUUUCUUCAUCGAGCAUCGGCAGGAUCUGAGUGAGGCCGAGAUCUAGAUUUGUUAGCAUGUGUGAAUGUGACCCAUGCAAGCG